UUUGAUCCACGGGGUUGUACCUACGAGGCUACAAUUGACCUUGUAAUGAGAGUGGCCACGCUGACAAGGAUGGAUGAGAGUCGCAGGGAGUGCGAGUCUGUACGCCCAGCACUUUUGGGAGUGGCAGUGGAGGGUAGGCCAUGGAGCCCCGCCACUUUGUUGCCAUAAAUGGGGUAAAUCCGACCAACUAACCUCAUCCCUUUUUCUUCUCUUCAUUCACCCAUCUCAAGAAAUACCGCCAUUACUUCACUUUAAUCACUCUCUCUCUACUUUCUCUCUCUUCUUUGGUUUUCUUUCCUUCUAUCUUUUCAAUUUCAGUUCUUCAGGGGUUUAGGGGGUUUUUUUGGGGCCAACACUAGUUGUUAUGAGAUGAUGAAAACUGAAGACGCAAAGUCGUUGAGUGAGAGUGAGGCACCUGAUGAUGGGAUUGCUUGCGCAAGAGAAGAAGUUCGCAUUCCGAUUCAGCAGGCGGAAGACUCCUCGGGAAUAACCGAAGAAGCCAUGCAUGUUAAGCACUGGAGGAAACAAAACCUUUACCUGGAGAUACCCUCAAGAACGUUGGAAGCCUCCACGGAGUUUGUUCAAAUAAAGAUGCCCCCUACUCCAACUCCCACUCCCACUCCCACUCCCAAGAAAGUAAAUUUUAACCUCACGCCUAGCCCUUCUGAUGCAAGAGUGAGUGAAUCUCCAGGCCCCAGAUUAUCCAGAGCUAAAUCAUCCAUAAAAAAUUUCAUGCCAAAAUUAAGCUUCAAGUACCGGAGUGCUACUUCAGAUACAGAGAAGGCCACCAACCUAGCUCCAGGUACAAUACCGCAAGAGAAGCCUUCAAUCUCAAGGUCGUGGUCAAUUUCGAAAAUUUUCACUCCUCGUAUGAAGAGAACAUCAUCUCUACCUGCUACCCCAAUUUCCCUUUCAAAUCCAGAAUCUGUGCGUGGAGGAAGUGUUGGCAGUUCACUGAAUAUAGAUGAAAAAGGAGCCAAGCGGCACAUGUCUCGUUCACUUUCAGUCCCUAUCAACAACAAAGAAAGAAGCCUUAAGAGAAUGGAUUCAUUUUUCCGUGUAAUUCCCUCAACUCCUCGAGCGAAAGAUGGGGAUGGCAUGAUGUCAAUUACAAGUCACAUAGGGGAUGAUGAAAACAAUGAAGCUGAUGGUGAAGAUAUACCUGAAGAAGAGGCUGUUUGCAGAAUUUGUUUUGUUGAGUUGUGUGAAGGUGGCGAGACCCUCAAGAUGGAAUGCAGCUGCAAAGGUGAACUUGCUUUGGCCCAUCAAGAAUGCGCUGUAAAAUGGUUUAGCAUAAAAGGAAAUAAGACUUGUGAUGUAUGCAAGCAAGAGGUUCGGAAUUUACCUGUCACACUUCUGCGCAUUCAGAGUGUUCGAAAUCGAAAUACUGGAGCAAAUAGAAUUGGGCAGAUGGAAGUUAAUGGAUACAGGGUUUGGCAGGAAGUUCCUGUUCUCCUCAUCGUUAGCAUGCUUUCCUACUUUUGUUUUCUUGAACAGCUUCUGGUUGGAAAAAUGGGUACUGGUGCAAUUGCCAUAUCUCUUCCAUUUUCUUGUGUAUUGGGUCUCCUUGCAUCCAUGACCUCUUCAACCAUGGUGAAUAGAAGAUUUGUCUGGGUUUAUGCAUCAAUUCAAUUUGCACUUGUGGUUCUUUUUGCGCAUGUUUUCUACUCCUUGUUUCAUUUGCAAGCAAUCCUAUCGGUACUUCUCUCAACAUUUGCGGGGUUUGGUGUUGCAAUGAGUGGGAGCUCGAUUCUUGUUGAGUUCUGGAGAUGGAGAAGGCGGCGUGCUUUGUCAGAUCAGCAUCAUAGUUCUCAAGUCGCCAUGCACUCGGGUGGUGGACGUCCUCAAACUGCAAUGUCAUCCCAUGUAGGUCCUCAAGUCCAGCAAACUGAAAGAGAAAAUGCAGAAAUUUUCAGUGUUAGUUAAAUUAGUAGUAUUAUGUAAUGGCUGAUAACUAUUAUAGCGAAAAAGGUGUUCUGGCUUCCACUUGUAUCUAUAUAUAUGGUGAGUAUUUGAUGUUUUGAGUAAUAUUUCAAAAUUAAAUCUUACUCUUCAUCAAGGAAAGAUAAUAGGAGAAUCUUACAUGGUGUUGUUUCAAAAGUUUUAAGGUAUAGUGGAUUUGAUCAUGACAUAGAAGAACGGGAAUUUGAGAUGUA